AUGGCCUCAAAACCCUCUAUAAUAUCAAUUGUGGCAUGUCUUAUGCCGGAAAUGGGAAUUGGUUACAAUGGAAAACUGCCUUGGAGAUUGAAGCAGGAAAUGGCAUACUUCAGACAGGUAACUACAGGUACAUUUUCCAGCGGGGCACAAAAUGCUGUGGUAAUGGGUCGCAAAACGUGGGAAUCCAUCCCGCCAAAGUUUAGACCGCUUCCAGGUCGCGUCAAUAUCGUGGUUUCUCGACAACACGGCGAAGAACUUGCCCCGACUACUUUUGCCAAUUCCACCGUGUGGCUCAGUGACUCGCUUACACGGUGUCUGGAGCUGCUUCCAGAGCGGGUUUCCAACUUAGAACGCAUCUACGUUAUUGGAGGUGGAGAGAUUUACGCGCAGACAAGCAUUUUGAGUGAUUACAUGCUCAUCACCGAGGUCCGACCAGAGGACGAGGCCAACCGCCCUCCCAUGGACACUUUUCUUGAUCCCGGUAUCGUGCAUAGUCGAUUUGAACGCGACUUCGAUAACGUGAAGGACUUUUUCCCAUCGCAAGUAGUGCUGCCGGAGGAACCACAGAUACACGAAAAUGGUUACUGCUACGAGUUUGCCCUGUACAAACGUCGCAACACAGAGAAGACGUGA